AUGGGAAGUGGAGAUAAGAAAGUCAUCAAAAGGAGGCAGAUAACACUGGAUGGGGCUUACGCUUUUACAGACUAUCGUGCGCAGGGACAAACCAUAGAGUACCUAUGGGUGGACAUAGGAACCCCACUGAGAGGAAGUCUUACACCCUUCAACGCGUAUGUCACACUGUCAAGAGCACGAGGACGCGCAAACGUAAGAUUGGUACGAGACUUCAAGGACUCACUGUUCACCAAGAUACCGUGCGAGCUCUUGGAGAAGGAGGAUGAAAGAUUGAUUGGAAUGAGCAAAAAAAACAAAAGAGAAUGGACGAAACAGAAACAGACACGUUGA